CUCCUCUCAGGCCCCAGCGCGUACCACUCUGGGGCUCCCGAGGCGGCUUCUCGAGCGAUCAAGGGUACGCAGGCCCUGGAGAGCGACCUGGGGCCCCUGCUCUCGGCGCUGGAGUUGGAAAGAGGGUGGUUCGCCACCGCCCGAGGGCUAGAGCGCAAGAGGAGCGGGAAAAGGAGCGCUCGCCUGCCGCCUCCCCGGCGCUCACUCACCCGGCUCCUAGGGUUGCUGGCUGCUCCUCCCACCCGCGCCCGCCUCCUUGCUCGCUCCUCGCUCGAGCCGGUUUCCAAGCCGUUCGGUGCGCCCGGGCGAGUGCGGGGCGAGGGGCCCCAGGGCCAGCACCGAGCCGGGGGGAGGGGAUCCGGGCAGAGAACAGGGGGGCAGGGAGGGGCCAUGUCCGGCGCGGGCGCCGCGGGACCCGUCUGCUGCAAGUGACCGAGCAGCGUGGACCGCCGCCUGCUCCCCUCCGCCACCUGGGGCGGCGCGGGCCCCGGUGCCGGGUGCCCGGAGCCCCGGUCGCGCGUAGAGCCGGCGCGAUGCACGUGCGCUCGCUGCGCGCCGCGGCGCCUCACAGCUUCGUGGCGCUCUGGGCGCCCCUGUUCUUGCUGCGCUCCGCCCUGGCCGACUUCAGCCUGGACAACGAGGUGCACUCCAGCUUCAUCCACCGGAGCCUCCGCAGCCAGGAGCGGCGGGAGAUGCAGCGCGAGAUCCUCUCCAUCUUGGGCUUGCCCCAUCGCCCGCGCCCCCACCUUCAGGGCAAGCACAACUCGGCGCCCAUGUUCAUGCUGGACCUAUACAAUGCCAUGGCGGUGGAGGAGGGCGGCGGGCCCGACGGCCAGGGCUUCUCCUAUCCCUACAAGGCGGUCUUCAGCACACAGGGCCCCCCUCUAGCCAGCCUGCAAGAUAGCCACUUCCUCACCGACGCCGACAUGGUCAUGAGCUUCGUCAACCUAGUGGAACACGACAAGGAGUUUUUCCACCCGCGCUACCACCAUCGAGAGUUCCGGUUUGAUCUCUCCAAGAUCCCGGAAGGGGAAGCCGUGACUGCAGCCGAGUUCCGGAUCUACAAGGACUACAUCCGGGAGCGCUUCGACAACCAGACAUUUCGGAUCAGCGUUUACCAGGUGCUGCAGGAGCACUUGGGCAGGGAGUCCGACCUGUUCCUGCUUGACAGCCGCACCCUCUGGGCGUCGGAGGAGGGCUGGCUGGUGUUUGACAUCACGGCCACCAGCAACCACUGGGUGGUCAACCCUCGGCACAACCUGGGCCUGCAGCUCUCCGUGGAGACCUUGGAUGGGCAGAGCAUCAACCCCAAGUUGGCGGGCCUGAUCGGGCGGCACGGGCCCCAGAACAAGCAGCCCUUCAUGGUGGCCUUCUUCAAGGCCACCGAGGUCCACCUUCGCAGCGCCCGCUCCACGGGGAGCCGGCAGCGCGGCCAGAACCGCUCCAAGACGCCCAAGAACCAGGAGGCCCUGCGGAUGGCCAACGUUGCAGAGAACAGCAGCACUGACCAGAGGCAGGCCUGCAAGAAGCACGAGCUGUAUGUCAGCUUCCGCGACCUGGGCUGGCAGGACUGGAUCAUCGCGCCCGAGGGCUACGCCGCCUACUACUGCGAGGGGGAGUGCGCCUUCCCCCUGAACUCCUACAUGAACGCCACCAACCAUGCCAUCGUGCAGACCCUGGUCCACUUCAUCAACCCGGACACAGUGCCCAAGCCCUGCUGCGCCCCCACCCAGCUGAAUGCCAUCUCGGUGCUCUACUUCGACGACAGCUCCAACGUCAUCCUGAAGAAAUACAGGAACAUGGUUGUCCGGGCCUGUGGCUGCCACUAGCCUCCUGGAAGGCAGGCCCUCUGGGGCCACCUUUUCUGGAUCCUGCGACUCACCACCAGGUCCCCGGCCCACCGUGACAAGGAGCCAGGGGACCGGCCGCCUUGUGCGAGGCCUUCCCGUCCCCCUCCCCAACGUUAAUGGUGUAGGAGCGUUAAGGAUUUGAGAGGCAAAUGGCUUUUGAUCAGUUUUUCGUUGUCAUCCUAUGGACAAGAUCCUAUAAGCUGCUGCAAGUAAAACCUAACAGGAAAAACAUUCUAUAAAGAAAAACUGCCAGGCCACGGCCCUGCACUGACUCGUUCCCGGGGCAGUUAGGAGCGCCCCUCACCCAGGACCCAGCGUGGGAGGAAGGGGCGCAGGGAGGGGUGGGCGUGUCGUGUCUGUGCUGAAGGAAUGACGCGGAAGUGCCUGUAAUACAUGUCCCAAUAAAACGAAUGAAUGAAAAUGGUUAGGAUGUUACAGAUACAUUUUCCUGAACACUCUGUCCGCAUUUCUUGGAUUCCCCUGAUUUCAUAAACAGAGGCUGUGGCUGGCGGAGGGCGGGGAGGCCCCUCUCCAUUCCGUUUGGGUUUCGUCUGAGGUUUCCAGAGACCCAGCGUAACGUAGACUUGCCCAAACCCAAGAUUUGGCUGGGAGGGGGAAGGGCAAAUUCUGCUCAGAGGAAGGGGCGUGCUGAUCUCGAAGGAAAAAUGCGUGUCGUCAUUCAGCUGGGCGUGUGGUGGCCCUGCGAUGGCCCUGCAGAUGUUCGCACGUGCUCGUCCAGUUCCCCGGCUGGGACAUCCGUGUGGCGCAGCGUGGAGGACGGCAGCAUGAGCACAGAGCCGGCGGCUUGACCCUGAACGCUGGCCAGCGGGGCCCUGUUUAAAGAAGUCCCCAGGAAGCCUAGCCCUCCAUAGGGCUACUCCCCAUCCCCCAAGUAGGCUUGUCUGUCGUGCAGUGACCGCCGCUUCUGAAGCCCGGGUUCAGUCUGGGCCAUGGGCCCCUCUUCUCAUGGGCAGACCCCUGCUGAGGGCUCCUGGAAGCCCAGCGGGAGUUCUGCUGGGCGUAGGGUGAGCAGGGCCAGAUCUCCAGGGGAAGGACCUAGAGCCUCAGAGAGUGACGCCCUCACCGAGUGUCCCGAUUGGGAUGGCUCCUGGUGAGAGCCUUUCUCGCCUUGGCCGGGGGGGCCCCCUAAACAGUGUGCACCGCCUCCCGCUGCAGCCCAGGGCUGGGGAGCACAGGCUCUCUGUGCACAAAGACCAGCGUUACCCAGAAGGCCCUGGGACAGGCUCUGGGGCGACCGUUCCUCUGUCGUGAUUAAGUUUGUUUCUGGAAACUUGGGGAAAACUUUUGUUUUUCACUUUCUUUUGCUUUUUCUUCUUCAGUAGCUUGGGCUGCAGUCUUCACUCUGGCUGGCCCACAGGGAAGAGUCGCUGUUCCUGUUACAUUUUAUUUCAUCUGUUGGCAGGUAUGGGGGUUUUUGUGUGACCCCCUCUUGGUGCAAGUUUUCUCACCUCUGGUUCGCAUCGUUUGUACAUUGAAACGUGUAAAUAGUUGUUACAGAACAAAUUAUUUAUGUCCAUCAGAAGAUCCUUUCAGACCCUCUUCCAGUCGCUUGUUUGGGACGAUGAGCUUGCUUCCCUCCAACCUGCUUGUUUUCUUAUUUAAGACUAUUUAUUAACGGUCGGACCAAUGUACCUUCAGCUGUUGCGUAGAGCAGUCCUCAGCGAAAAUUCUGUAUAAAUAGACAAAAUAAAAAGGGUUUUGCCUUUGCAAUAAAAGGAGACAUUCGGUUCUG